ACGCCUCCCUCGCUCGCCCGCCAUGGCCCGCCUUGCCCUCCUCCUCCUCCUCCCCCUCCUCCUCGCCCUCUGCCGCGGGGAGCCCACCCAGGCGCUCGCCGUCCUCCCCGACGCCGAUGCUGCCGCCGGUGAGGAGGUGUUGUCGCGCCUCCAGAGCCACGUCUUGCCGGCGGGGAGCUCCGGGAAGGUGAGCCCGGCCGACGACGCGGACCAGGGCCAGCUGCUGGAGAAGCAGCUGGUGGCGGCCGAGGUGCCCGUCGAGAUCGAGCCGGCGACCCACGGCGAGGAGCGCGGGGAGGAGGAGUUAGCGCUCCCCGUCGCGGAGCCAGAUCCGGACCGCUCGCGCGAGGAUGCAGCCGCCGUCGCCGCCGAGGAUCAGUUGGUCCAGAUGCCGACGACGGCUAUCCAUGGCCACGACGACGACGUCGAUGAGGACGAGAAGUCCGAGAAGGGGAUCAGCAAGCGCAUCCACCACCACCACCACCACCACGACAAGGACGACGACGACGAGAAGUCCGAGAAGGGGAUCGGCAAGCGCAUCCACCACCACCACCACCACAAGGACGACGACGACGACGACGACGAGAAGUCCGAGAAGGGGAUCGGCAAGCGCAUCCACCACCACCACCACGACAAGGACGACGACGACGACGAUGAGCUGGAGGAGAUGGCGAGGCGAUGGGUCAGGAAGGCGCUCACGAAGGGGGCCAGGGCGACGAUGCACCACCACGGCGGCCGCUUCCACCACCACCACCACCGUGCGGAGGAGGAGGAGGAGGAGGAGAAGGGCGGCGUGAUGAGGUGGGUCAAGGAUUUCGUGAACCGGUUCUAGCAUGCAACUGCUUCUUCUUGCUCUGACCACAUCACCAUCGUCCACUUGUUCGUGCGUUUGUAUGCACGUGUCGAUCGAGCUCAUGAUCAUGUUCAUCUACUGAUGCUGUACGUAUACACGUACAUGUAUUCUACAGUUUCUACGACGCUAUUGUACGAUCCAUUCCGUCCGUGAACUCUGUUGUGUGUUGUGUACUAUGAUCGAUCGAUCGACCGGAUCUUGUGUUACGAAUGCUAAUAAAUUGUUCUCUAGCUACUACUUCUCUUUAGGUG